CGCUGCCACCCUCGCCCCACCCGGGAUGACUACCACUCCAACCGGAGGCAGUAGAGAGGGCGGGAUGGAUGGUUCGACAUCCCGACGAAGCUCUGUGUACUCGUUCCCUCUCUUCCAGUGCUCACCAACGGUAGCCCUGGCUACCGAUGGUCCUGCUGCUGCCAUGCCCGUCCUCACCGUCGUCGCUCGCGGAGGCAUCGACUCACACGCCUUUACCGCAGCCGCCACAAGCAAUGGCUUUCUCAUUGUCCAGUAUCAGGGCCUGGCAGCACCGGCACCGCUCUCACGUCGCAUUCCAUGGCCGACUACACCUGGUAUUGCUGCGCUCACCUUUGAUCCCAUUGCUAUGUGGCUUGUCGUGGCUGGAGUCGAUGGCUCGCUGACUCUGGUGCCAGUCAUGGCGCUUCUUGUUCCGGCUCUGUUUGAACAGAUCGUGGGCGCGCCGCCAGCAGCCUUUGCCGACACGCCUGAUACGGCUGGUGGGUCGGGCGCGACUCGUGCUGUGCGAACAAGUGGGCCAAGCGCCGCACUGCUAGGGUCGGAGCUCGAGCCGGAGCCGGUCGAGACGCCGCAGAUCCGCGAGCGGACGGCGUCACUCCCGUCGCUGCAGGCCUACGCCGACGCCAUCGGCACUUCGUCGCCGGCCGCUGACCGCGCCCGGGCUAAGGGUGCCGGGCAUAAGUCAGCUCGCGCCCGCGCUGCCGCUCGUGACCCGUACGGAGCAGCGCUGGCGGCGCUUGCGCCGUCGGACGCCGCCACCCACAUGCCGGCGUCACAGCUCGGGACCGGGGCACCCAGCAGCACCGGGACUGGUCUCGGCGCCGGGAGUGUGAGUGAGCGCCCGGGCACGCCGUCACGAACUGCGCCCAGCGCGCUGAUCUGGUGGGAUGCAUGGGACGCUGUCGUUUGUUGA